AUGGUGCUCCAAGCUCGUGAUUCCCUCUCCAAUUCAUCCGAAUGCUUGCAAGAAUUUCAGAUUCUAUCCGAUCUUCAUCUGGAGGUCAAUCGAGAGUACAAUUCGUUUGAGAUACCAGUUUGUUCAAAAUAUCUGAUUUUGGCUGGCGACAUCGGUCGUUUGGUGGACUACGAGGAUUAUCUUGCAUUUCUUGAGAAGCAAACACGAACAUUCCAAACUGUUUUUCUAGUCCUUGGAAACCAUGAAUUUUAUGGGCUUUCGUUUGAUUCGGCACUCGAGAAAGCCAGAAAACUCGAGCAAGAACCAUCCUUGAACGGACGGCUCGUAUGGCUCCAUCAGCAUCGGGUCGAUAUACCAGACAGCAAAAUCUCUAUACUAGGCUGUGUACUAUGGUCUUAUAUCCCAGAAAAGGCAAAAGAAAUUGUCAGUUCUAAAACCAAAGAUUUCAAGCACAUUGAAAACUGGACAACGAAUCAACACAACGCUCUUCAUAGCUCUGACUUGACUUGGCUGCGAAGAGAACUCGAUAAUAUCCACCACGAAAAGCUGAAAGAUCCCUCGGAGGCACGCUCUGUUCUAGUGAUAACACACCAUGCUCCUUCCUUGCAGGGAACUUCGAACCCCAAAUAUGAGCACAGUCCGUGGAGCUCCGCCUUUGCGACAGAUCUCUUAUCCAGGGAUUGGAUGGUGUCAACACUUGGGUUUUUGGACACACGCAUUACUCCACUGAAUUCAAUACAAAUGGGAUAUUGGCCGUGA